GCAGAACAGGUUUAUGUAAAAGCUGAGAAGAUGUAUAACGCUUAUAAAAUCUUUGUUCCUAACCACAAAUUAGAGCAAUUUUUGGAUGAUAAUAUGUGGCCCGAGGGAAUAUCUUUUCGACGUUACAUCGAGUUCAAAAGUGUAAAUAAACAAAUGUAAAAAUAGUAAACAAUCGAAAAUGAGAAGUACUUAUAAUAAUAAUUCUAGUAAAGUCGCCCGUUUCAUAAGUUAUAACUGUAAGUCUGUGAAGCGCUCAGUUGACUGCAUAAGGAAUUUGUGUACUAAGGCUGACAUAAUUGCCCUUCAGGAGACGUGGCUAUAUCCUUGUGACCUACAUUUCUUGGGUACCAUACACCCGGAUUUCGCCUACAUUGGGACAUCUGCCGUGGACACCUCGACGGGACCUAUGCGUGGAAGGCCGCAUGGAGGCGUUGCGCUGCUCUGGCGUAAGGGCGCAUUUCAGUCUGUAUCUGUUAUCAGUUGUGAUAGUGUGCGCCUUGCCGCGAUAAGGAUUACUACGGGUUGGAAUAGGUACGUAAAGGAAGUGCAUGAACGGGCUCGGCUCAGUUUCCAAGAGUGGUCUUUACAUGGUAAGCCAUCUCAAGGUCCUCUUUAUACUAAGAUGGUGGAAUCCAGAAGGGACUUCAAACUUAAGUUAAAGUGGUGCCAAAAUCACCAGGAGCAAAUCAAGAUGGACAUGCUAUCAACUCACCACCUCAAUAAAAAUUUUAGUAAGUUCUGGAAAUGUACAAAGAAACUUUCGCCUGAGCCGGGUCGGUCAGUGAAUGUUGAUGGUCUAAACGAACCGAGUGCGAUUGCAAACCAUUUUAAAAAUAUUUUCAGAGUCAAACCCCCACAGAGGCACGCGAAGGGGCGGCCAGAGAAGUACAAGAAGUGUUAA